AUGCCCCCAGAUCAAAGAUCACGUUCGCUUCUACAGAGACAUCGAGGUAAAUUACUCAUUUCGUUGACUGGAAUAGCUGCUCUGUUCACUACGGGGUCGGUGGUAGUGUUCUUCGUGAAGAGGUGGUUGUAUAAGCAGCAGUUACGGAUUACCGAACAGCACUUCAUUAAAGAGCAGAUCAAAAGAAGGUUUGAGCAGACGCAAGAAGAUUCAUUGUACACGAUAUACGAGCUGCUACCUGUAUGGGGAAUGGUUUUGAAUGAAAACGAUUUGAAUUUGGACAGCAUCGUUACCCAAUUAAAAGACCAAAAAAACAAGUCCACCAGAGCAAAGUCUAAUGAAAGCGGAGAAGCUUCACCGUUGAAGACCAAGGCUGAGCUGUGGAACGAGUUAGAACUAAAGAGUUUGAUCAAGCUGGUUACAGUAACAUACACAGUGUCGUCACUGAUCCUUUUAACUAGACUACAACUAAAUAUCUUGACAAGAAACGAGUAUCUGGACUCCGCAAUAAAAUUAACUAUGCAGCAGGAAAACUGCAACAAACUCCAGAAUAGGUUUUAUAACUGGGCCACAUCGUGGUGGAGCGAUCCGGAGAAGAGAGUGGGUGAUGCAAUGGCAGCAAAGAAGUCAAAGAAAGACGGCCAGGAAGUGUAUAUUAAUGAACAAGCCUUCCUAUCACUAUCGUGGUGGAUUCUAAAUAAAGGUUGGCUGAGGUACAACGAAAUAAUUGCAAAUCAAAUCGAAGUUGAAUUCAACGGUAUACACCCAAGAGAUACCUUAACACUAGAGGAAUUUAGUUCUCGUCUCACCAAUAUAUUCCGAAACACAAAUUCCCAAAUACUCCAGCAAAAUAAUAACAGCCUCACUUCGAUUUUGCUUCCUCAAGAUUCCAGUGGGCAGGAGUUCCUUCUUUCGCAGACACUUGACGCGGAAGCGUUAACAAGUUUCCACUCCAACACGCUAGUUUUUAAUCAAUUAAUAAACGAACUGACUCAAUGUAUUGAAAGCACAGCAACAUCCAUAGUGUUAGAAUCCCUAAUAAACGAAUCAUUCCACUUCAUAAUGAACAAGGUUGGAAUAAAGACAAUGGCCAAGAAGAAACCUGGACAAGAAGAUCAGCAACACUACCAAAUGGCCGUUUUCACUAUGUCCAUGAAGGACUGUUGCCAAGAAAUGCUUCAAACAGCUGUGGGAUCUGCCCAUGGCGGCGGAGUGAACGAAUACCUGGCCGCGUUGGAUUCCGUGCAGCCGCUCGACGAUCUGAGUGCUAGUGUGUACAGCAAUUUUGGCGUUUCCAGCUCGUUCGCCUUCAAGGAUUGA